CAUAGAAUGAUACCUAGCUCAUUAAUCUUGCUAAUUUAUCUUCUUUGUGCAUCAACAAAAUGGCUUUCCUCAAUGUCAUGAAAGUUUCAGUUCUCAUCGUACUCAUUUUAUCUGUUCAUGUCAGUAGCUGGGAAGCGGUAAAUUAUCCGGGGCGUAAGACCAUGCAGAAAAGAAUUAAAAGUAGUUCUGUUUUACGUGAAUUAGGCUUUAUUUUGUCUAAGAUGAAGCAAAGCAAACGGAGGGCAAUGACCGACACUGCGACAGACAAAGACAGGGUUGCACCUGGAGGUCCAGAUCAUAUGCAUAACACUGCACCGCCAGCAAUGCACGUGUAAUGCUAAAUGUAAGAUUUAUGUUCUUGUUGUUUCUUUCAAAAUUAACGUGACUUUUAGAAUUAUUAUUUAAUUUUGAUAUAAUAGUAAUUCUAAAUGUCAUGUCAAUUUUAAAAGGACACGACAAGGACAUGAAAGUAACGUCUAGUAUUACUACGCAAUGCCCUAAAUAUCAUUCUGAGGAAAUUAAAUCAAACAUGCGGUUGAAAUAUUUCACUGCAACCAUUGUGUGUGGUCAUAGACUCAUAAGCUUAAGAUGCUAGCAAAAUCUUGUUUGUACGUUUCUUAUGCACGUCUACCUCUCAUCCGUAUUAUGGCUUCGAAAUUCAAGUCAUUUGUUCACACAUGGAUAAGAGGUAUAUGUAUUAAAUAUAUUUUUAGCUUUCUAAUGCUAAAAAUAUGUCUAUGUCUCAUUUGUUUACAAAUAAAAAGCACCAGUACUCUAUUAUCCACUUAA